AUGGAUUCGAAAGGUCAUGAAGCUUCAAAAUUAUAUCCGGAAACCCACUUCGCUAAAUAUGUUCAAUCUCACCAGCCUCUUAUGGAUGAAGUUCUUCAACUAUUGGAGAAGACAAAAGCAAGUUUAGAUGUUGCUCAUUCAUUCGCUUUGCAAAUUAGUGAUUCGGCAGAGUCAUUUAAGGUAUUUGUUUUGUUGUAUGUGGUUAUUGACUUAGUGACGGCGCAACCAGAAGUUCAAACUAAGGUUAAUGCAGUUGGAACUAGUUUUUCAAAAUUUAAAAGUGCAACAAAGGUUGAUGAGAAGCUUGUUGUUGGGGAAGCAAUAUCUAACCCGAAUGAUGAAGUUGUGCACGAGAUGCUAAAGAUUUUUGUGCCACAGUUGUUUACUGAAAAGUAA